ACCAAUGUAUUCCCUGAUUUUAUUCCAUUGAAGUUAAGGAAGGUUUACGAAGUUUAUACGCUAUUUAUUUAUUGACGAGUACAAGUUCGCAUAGAAGUGAAAUCGAAGGCUACCAGUACACGAAGAGGAUAAUAAUAAACGAUAUCUGUGUUCUGGAAAAUACAAUGUUAUUAAUGUCACGAAUUAGCGGGAGAAUAUUAGGUUAGAUGGUUAUCGAUGAAUUUAUUAUCGCGUACAUUCGAUUGUCACGGUGUGAAAUAACGAUAUCGAUAGAGGGAUACGUUAUCUAUACGUAUUACGGAACAUAAGAGUCAAUGUGUGAUCGAAGAAACACAUAUUUAGCCGAAGUCGAAUGUGCAAGUACUCUCCAGCUCAUAUAUACAUCAGCUGAUUCUCCCACCCUCUCUGCCAUUUUUCAACAGACGGCGUACUCGAAUCGACAGUUUGACUAGAUAAUAGAAUCACCUAUGUACAUGAACACGCUGUUUUUCCGCAUUGUCAAUUGAAAAGCCAUCGUGAGAGAACAGGCGCCGUAUCAUUGAAGCUAAUGGCAGAUUAUGAAAUUGUCGCAUCGAAGAGUUGGAUUUGGGGAUGGUUUAGUUGGACUGUCUCAUCUUCAGCUAUGUUACGUGCUGCGGAGAAGAAAAUUCUUUCUUAUUUGAAAACUACACAUCGGGGUUGGUAUGUGGACAUAGGAUCUGUUGUAGGAAGAGCAGAUAAAAUAUGGACUAUUUCUUUAAAUGAAGAAUCACCGAAGACACCACUUGUUUUGCUACAUGGUUUAGGAGCAGGUGUAGCACUGUGGUGUUUAAAUCUAGAUGCAUUGGCUUCUCAGAGACCAGUGUAUGCUAUCGAUAUAUUAGGUUUCGGUAGAAGUAGCCGUCCUGUUUUUAGUAAUGAAGCCCACAAAGCCGAAAAUCAGCUAGUCCAAUCCAUAGAAGAAUGGAGAAGAGAAAUGCAGUUAGAAAAGUUUAUACUGUUAGGCCACUCGAUGGGUGGCUUUUUAGCAGCAGCAUAUAGUAUGCAGUAUCCUGAAAGGAUUAUGCACCUGAUACUCGCGGAUCCUUGGGGUUUUCCUGAAAGGCCUGUGGAAAGAAAGUCAGUAUCUAUACCUUUGUGGGCGAAAGUUGUGGCUUACAUGAUUCAACCGUUAAACCCAUUGUGGGCAGUUAGAAUGGCUGGUCCAUUUGGACAGUGGCUGAUUGAAAAAACAAGACCAGAUAUUGUAAAAAAGUUUGUACCUUUAUUAAAAGAUGAUACGGCUAUAAUUGCACAAUACAUACAUCAGUGUAAUGUACAGACUCCAACGGGUGAAAGUGCAUUCCAUGCAAUGAUGCAAGGUUUUGGCUGGGCCAAAAAUCCCAUUGUCAAAAGAAUAGACAAGUUGAAUUCAGAAAUUCCAAUAACAUUAUUAUAUGGCAGUAGAUCAUGGGUUGACAACUCUUCUUGGGAAAUAUUAAAGCAAGCUAGAUCGUCGUCUUACAUCAAUGUUCAGGCAAUAACGGGAGCAGGUCACCAUGUUUACGCAGAUAAAAGUGAGAUUUUCAAUAAAUAUGUAUUAGAAGCGUGUAAUUUAAGUGAUUCGGUACCCAGUUUAAUAACAUCGGACAUUCGUCCAAAUAUAACUCCUACAAGUGAACAAGAAAUAACGGUGAUUCUUACAAAUCAAGAGAUUGAGUCGAAAAUCGUGGAACAACAAGAUUUAAAUACGGCGCAAUCACAAUCUAGUUGAAGUUUAGUACAGAAAUUGUAUUGCUAAAUUAUAUAUGUUCUUUUUAACUUUACCAUGCAGUUAAAUGAACUGCAUGCAUCAUGUGAUUUAGACUAGAUACAUGUACUGCAACAUACAAAACAAUUGCUUAUGAGUUCGCAUUACAAUGUAUUUUAACUUCCAAUUUGUAUAAUGCCAUAUUGUAUAGUAUGUGACUCUUUGAAUUAUCAACAGAGGAUAUGAAAAGAAUCUGCUUUUAUCUGUUUUUAUUGAUUCUGUGCAUACUUUUUCAAGUAUUAAUUAAUAUAUUUAGUUUUGAUAUUAUUUUACAAAUUUUUAUUCGUUUCAUAGGAUAUAGAUAUGAAUCCUAUGUUAUAAAUAGGUAAGGGAGAGAUCAAAAUUAAUAUUAAUUACAGUUACAUUUCUUACAUUCAUGAACAUUUUGAGAUUAACAUUUAUAAUAUUUAUUCAUCAUAGAGAAAUUUUUUUAGAUCAAAUGAAAUCAGUGGGAUCAAUGAUCAAAUAACAUAAAUUCUUUGAAUGUA